AUGAUGAGCCCAAUCGAAGUGAGUGUAUUGACGAAGGCAGCGCCCUCAGCAAGCUCAGCCUCAGUUCAGGUAGACAACUUCGCCGUCCUAAUCGACAACUCUAAAUCCAUAAACCACCUUCACCAAAUACACGCUGCACUCCUCCGUCGCGGCCUCCACCACCACCCCAUCCUCAACUUCAAGCUCCAACGCUCCUACUCCUCCCUCGGCCUCCUCCACCACACCGUCACCCUCUUCCACCACACCCCAGCCCCUAACGUCUUCCUAUGGAGCUCCAUCAUCAACGCCUAUUCCCACUCCGCUCUCUGGGACUGCGCUCUCUCUUAUUACGCCCAAAUGCUAGCUCACCACGUGCAACCCAACGCCUUUACCCUCUCUUCCCUCCUCAAAGGUUGCACCCUGCAACCCACCACGGUCGUUCACUCCCACGCCGUUAAGUUCGGACUAAGUUCCGACCUUUACGUAUCCACGAGCCUUGUUGAUGCCUACGCACGGGGCGGUGAUGUUGUGUCCGCUCAGAAACUGUUCGACGCAAUGCCUGAGAGGAGUUUGGUUUCUUUGACUGCCAUGCUUACUUGCUACGUGAAACACGGGAUGCUCCGAGAGGCGCGGCUGUUGUUUGAAGGGAUGAGGGUGAAGGACGUGGUGUGUUGGAACGUGAUGAUUGAUGGGUAUGCUCAGCAUGGGUGCCCGAACGAGGCUUUGGUGCUUUUUAGGGAAAUGCUGGGUAAGAAGGUUAGGCCCAAUGAGAUAACUGUAUUGGCUGUGUUGUCGUCUUGUGGCCAGCUUGGUGCGUUGGAGUGUGGUAGGUGGGUGCAUUCGUAUGUUGAGAAUCGUGGUGUUGGGGUUGGGGUCAAGCUAAACUUACGUGUGGGUACUGCGUUGGUUGAUAUGUACUGCAAAUGUGGGAGUUUGGAGGAUGCGCGCAAGGUGUUUGAUGGGAUGGUGGGAAAGGAUGUGGUGGCGUGGAAUUCGUUGAUUAUGGGGUAUGGCAUACAUGGGUUUGGUGAUGAGGCCUUGCAGUUGUUUCAUGAGAUGCUUCGUGUUGGAGUUAGACCUUCAGAUAUUACAUUUGUUGCUGUUUUGACUGCAUGUGGGCAUGCAGGUUUGGUUGGCAAAGGAUGGGAGGUUUUCGAUUUGAUGAAGAGUAGGUAUGAGAUGGAACCAAAGGUUGAGCAUUACGGGUGUAUGGUUAAUCUUCUUGGCCGUGCUGGGCGUGUGCGAGAAGCUUAUGACCUUGUGAGAAGCAUGGAGGUGGAGCCUGAUUCUAUCCUGUGGGGUACUUUGCUUUGGGCUUGUAGAAUCCAUAACGAUGUUUCGUUGGGAGAGGAAAUUGCAGAGUUUCUUGUGAGCAAUGAUUUGGCUACUUCAGGGACUUGUAUCCUUCUCUCUAACAUGUAUGCUGCUGCUCGUAACUGGGUUGGUGUGGCUAAGGUCAGAUCAUUUAUGAAAGAGAGUGGGGUUGAGAAGGAACCUGGUUGUAGUUCCAUUGAAGUUAACAACAGAGUGCACGAGUUUCUUGCUGGUGAUAUAAGACACCGGAGAAGCAAGGAUAUAUAUUCGAUGCUCGGGAAAAUGAAUGGUUUGCUCAAGGCUCGCGGUUAUACCCCAAAAAUAGAUGUGGUAUUACAUGAUAUAGGAGAGCAACAGAAAGAGCAAUCGUUGGAAGUUCAUAGUGAGAAGCUUGCCUUAGCAUUUGGGCUUAUAAGUACCAGCCCAGGAACUGCGAUCAAGAUUGUAAAGAAUCUUCGAGUGUGUUUAGAUUGCCAUGCCGUGAUGAAGAUGAUGUCCAAGAUCUCUGGCAGAAAAAUAAUAAUGAGAGACCGGAAUCGGUUCCACCAUUUUGAGAACGGUUCGUGUUCGUGCCGGGAUUAUUGGUGAACUUAAAUUAUAUUUUUGUCCAUAAAAUUCCCUCUUCUAAAAGAGAAACACCAUAUUUGCUGCUGUUGCUUACAAAAACUAUGGAUGCAAUAGCUAACGUAUUUUUCGCAAACAAAAUUAAGAUCGAAUUCCUGUUGCC